GGCUUGUAAUUUCCAGAAAAGAUAGAACCCUAGCCAAAACCCCCUAUAAAGAGUGGCUUUAACGCAAUAACAUGUCUCAGUCUCCCACUCCCCAUUAGCCCUCUAUUGAUCCAACGGCAAGCAGCGAGCGCCACUCACUACUCUGCUACUGAGUACUGAGCACAGCGCAGCCUCCUGCAAUGGAGCUCUGCACUACUCGCGCUUUCUCUAAUCUUCACCACCGCACCCUCUUCAAUCCUCUCGCAAAUCGUCUCCGAUGGAAAACAAUAUCUAUCCCCUUCAAACAAUCUCCAAUCUCUCGAACCAGUCCAGGUUCUCUUUAUUUCAAUAAUCCAUUGUUGAGGGCAUCAAUAUCCGAAGGAUCAUCAAGUGGAGCAGAUCAGUAUUUCGGAGAAGAGCGUGACAGCGUACUAGUCAUGGAAGAUAUUCCAGCAACUGAAGAAAACGUAUACAAUGAAGUUAUUCCAACAGAAGCACCCAUAGAAGAUUCACAAGUGGAAGAGCAGACAGUGGCUUUUGAGUUUCUGGAUAAUCUCAAUAUAAAGUUUGACUCAGAAGAUCCAUAUUCUAUUUUCCUAUAUGGUACCGGUGCCUUGACUGCCUUGUGGUUUGCAUCAGCCAUCGUUGGCGCCAUCGAUUCUAUUCCAAUAUUUCCCAAGUUGAUGGAAAUCGUGGGUCUGGGCUACACAUUAUGGUUCAGUGCUCGCUAUCUAAUCUUCAAGGUAUAUAUCCAUAUGCCACUGAUCUUGCUUUAUCAGGUAGCCUUCUUAAUACAAGAGAGUACUAACACCUGCUCAAUUACAGCAAAAUAGGGAUGAGUUGGCUGCUAAAAUUGAAGAGCUCAAGCAGCAAGUUCUAGGUUCAGAAGAUGAGUAAGGUAGAGCAAAGAGGGCAUGUAGAGGGAAUGAAUUGACAUUUGGGCAAGUAUUAUAGGUAAAGCAUUUUUUUUUUUUUUUUUGUAAAAAUAAAUUCUGAGUUCGAUAUUUUACCAUCGCUAUCAAAGUAAAUGGGAUGGUGCUACUUACACCACAGUUUGUAUCA